CCUUCCCAGUCCUGCUGGCCCCAACCAGCUUUGCCCCGCUACCUUAAACAGAAUGACUGACUGACUGACGCCGGACGGUCGGACUGAUUGACUUGACCACCAGCAAACUCGCCAAAGUUCCUCUCAACCCUCAGCAAACCUCCAGACAGAUCGUCUCCAUCCCACCAUCGGCAUCGAAGUACACGCUCAGCUCGUCUUUGCUCAGCCCCACAAAGCUCGCGGCCGCAGCUCUGUGCUUGAAUCUUGGAGGCCACUCCUGCGCAUAAUACUCUCAAGCAUCGCCGAACUCUCACCGGACCGGCAGGAAGCGGGCUCCAGCAGCACCGCUAAAUACCGUAACACCACCGUCAUCCUUGCCAGCCUCUCUUGGCUGCCUGUCGACCACAUACAUAUUCAUACCCAACUCCUCUGUCGCCCGCGGAUAGAACCAAGAGGCUCUGACCAACCUGCUUCCCCUUGCCCUUGGUUUCUGAUCGGCUCGUUUGCAUACCCAGCAUUUUCUACCGUCAAUACUCGUUUGCGCACCACCUGCGAAAUCCUACCCGUGCCUUGACAAGCACACCUCGCCACUCGGUCGAGAUCUUCCCGUGAAGACAAGUCACCCAGAGCGCGUGCGAGCGAAGGCGAAGGCCUAGUUUAGCGUCGAGUGCUGGCUGGCCGCUGGCCGUUUAGAGACCAUGUCUGAGUACGAUUACGAGAGCCGCCGUGGCUCUGAUCGUACCCGCUACCGUGAGCCCGAGUACGUGUCCGAGACGACCUUUGUCCACCGUGGUAGUGGCCGUCCCUCUCAAGACUUGGUCUAUCGCGAGGACAGCAUCGAGGACAUCCCGCGCGACUUUCCACCCACCGCAGAGUACCGUCGUACGCGCAUCCGUGACGAAUAUCCUCCACGCCGUUCGCGGGGCUCACGCUAUGAUGAUGACGACGACUACUACUCCGACUACGGCGCCUCGGGCGGUGCUGGUUACGCGCGAAGCAGACGCGGCCCCCCCCGACGUCGCAGCGAGUACUACGACGAUGAUUAUUACUCAGACGACUACGGCCGCCCGCGCCACGAGCGUCGCAAGUCAACAAUCGAGAAGACAUUAGAAGACCUUGGCAUCGGUGGUGCGGUGGGUGCUCUGCUCGGCAGGUCGCGCAGCAAGUCUCGUGGUCGCCACGAACGCGAUUCCGACUACGGCGACUACGACAGUCGUCGUGGCCCGCGCUCCAAGAGUCGUGAAACGCGAAAGAAGUGGCAACAGGCUGCCAAGGCUGCCGUUUUGACCGGCGUCAUCGAGGCUGUGCGCAGCCGAAACGAGCCCGGCGGUUGGACCGGAGCCAAAGGUCAGCGGAUCGCCACGGCAGCGCUCGGUGCUGCUGGAGUCGACGGGCUACUCGAUAAGGACCCAAACAAGCAUGCAAAGCGGCAUAUCAUUGAGUCUGUCGUCGGUGGUCUGGCUGCCAAUCGUCUCGCCAAUGGUCCUCGCAGCCGUUCAGGCUCGCGCGGCCGAUCACGCUCUCGCUCUCGAAGCGUCGGUGGUGGUCUGCGCGAGCGCUCGCGCUCGCUCUUCCGUAGCCUCAGUCGCGGGCGGGGUCGUUCUCGUUCUGCGUCGUACGACUCAUAUGGCAGUCCGGAGCGCAGACCUAGGUCCAAGAGCCGUGGCCUCAAGGAGCUGGUGGCUGCUGGUGGCAUUGCAGCGGCAGGAAAAGCAAUUUACGACCGGGUGCGGUCCAAGUCGCGUGGACGUGCACGCUCUGCGUCCGUCUCAUCUCAAGAAUCGUACGUUCCAGCCCGCCGUCAACGAUACGGAGCUGACCGUGGUCCCUUCCCCCCAGAUUCCCGCGAUCCGUCUCGCGGUCCCCCUCCGCUUCCCAUGGAAGGCAAAGGCGCCGCAACUAGGGGCGGCGAACUAGAAAAGAUUCGCGGUCACAACAGCAGCAGCGAGUCCAUUUCGACGACAGAUAUGGAGAAGAAGCGAAAGAAGAUGAGAGGUAAGGAGCUUCUCACUGCCGGCCUCGCGACCGUUGCCACCAUUCACGCCGCUCACGGCGUGUACUCGUCCAUGGUUGCUUCAGAAAAGCGACAUAAACUUGUUAUGGAGGGCGAAAUGUCACCCGAGGAGGCGCGCAAACGCAAGUCCAAGAACAUGCUGCAGGAUGCGGCCGCUAUCGGCAUCGCCGCACUCGGUAUCAAAUCCGCUUUCUCAGAGUGGAAGGAGAUGAACGAGCACAGGCAUGAAGUCAAGGAGCUUGAAGAAAAGCGCAGAAAGCGCCAGAAGAUGCGCGAGAAGCGCGAUCGCGAGGCCAGGCGCGCAGCCUUUGCGAACUCUGCUUACGACUAUCCAGGACCAUAUGGCCCCAGUCCCAUAAGCUAUGCCGACGGUAACCCGUAUGCUGGGGCUAGCAAUCUACCGCCUCCCCCAAUGGGUGCAGCGCCGUAUCGAUGAUGAGACGACCGAUCCCCUUUUUCACUUAAAGUUUUUCCUUAUAUUGUCGUUCCCCACCCUGUCUUUUGAUCACUUUCUCAUAUACCUAGCAAGGCGGUACGAAACGUGCAUGAAACUGGAAUGGAGCUGUACGAAGAGCAUGGCCUGGAAGAACUCCAUAUCGAUAUUACACGGCGACAUUUGAUUCUGUCGCCUUACACGGAUACAAAUCAGGACGAGAGUUUUUGAACGGUUGGGAACGGAAAGUGACACCUCAUGAUCAUGAGGCAUUGUUUAUGGCUCAUGGCUCAUUCGCGAGAAGGCAACGUGAUAAGGAGUCUUUUUUUGGUCUUGAUUCGGAAAUGGAUGACUUGGAAUUUUGUUAGAAUAACAUGACGAUGACAUCUACCUUAACGACCCUGAUGAAAUUACAAAUUCAUAAUCCACAAUAACUACGCAAGUUUCUUCUGCU